UGCAGCUGCCGGGACUUGCUGAUGGGUUGAGAGGGAUAAGGAAGAGGGAAUCUACGAGAACUCACCUGGCUCUGCCUUCACUGAAAUGCAGGAGCAGAUGGAGAGGCUUGCUUAGUUGGAAAUGUCUAUUAAAUGGUCAGGUGGAAAUGCCCAGGCGGUACUCAAGUCUCAAGAGAAUCUGGGCUGGACAGGAAAGUUUGCCAGGCAACAGCUGGAAGGUAUAUUUAAUGCCAUGAAACUGUGUUGACUCACUUAAGAACAGAGUAUUGAUGAAGAGGACCAAGGUUGUGACCUGGUGAUUCCAACAUUUAGCAGUCAGAUAGAAGACGAAGAACCAGCAGAGCAGACGGAAAAUAGCCUCCAGGGGGUGGGAGACCAGGGGAGCAUGGUAUCCAAGAAUCCAAGAGAUGAUGGCUCUCAGGAGGUGGGCAGGUGUGUUGGACAGAGGUUAGAGCAGAUGUGUGCUUCAGAUUUGGCCACCUGGAGGCCUGGGCUGAGACUGUCCGCGAGCAGAGGGGCAGGAGCCUGUCUGGAGAGGGAGAGUCCUGGCUGGUGGCCGAGCACAGGGACACACUUGGAGUCUCUUGGAGGAACAGUGAGCGGACUGUGCGGACUGUCUGGCUACUUAUAGUCUAUGCAACAGCAGCAUAGUUUAACAGAGACCAUGCGCUCACAAAGCCUAAAAUAUUUACUACUUGGCCCUUGGGGGAAGAAAAAGCAUGCCCUGUCCUAGUAGUGAAGGGACAGAGAAGUUAUUGUUGCUAGAGAGGAGGAGGUUGGGGUCAAGAGAACUGGAACGUGGUCUUUGAGGGAGUGGGGACACUGCUUCCCGUAAACUGUGCGUGGAGAGAGGAAAGGCAGACACCCGGGGACAGGUGUGGUAUCCGAGCUGAGGGAAAGGGAGGGUGUGUGUGGGGUCAUUCUAAUGCACACGGGAAUGUUGUUCCUUUGGCUCUUCCACUUAAUCGUCAUUCAUUUUGGUCUGAUUGGAAGGCUGCCAUGGAAAGCUGUUGUAGGAAAAGUUGUGGCUACAGGUUUCUCCUUCUGCUUUUUCCUUGGUUUUCGUCAAACCCAAGUACUUUUCUCAUAUUUCUUCUGUAUACUAUGGGAAAGAGAAAUGUUUUUGUUCUUCUUUCGAAUUUUCUUUCCUCUUUUCUUUCUUUUUGAAUUUUAGAAUAGUUUAGAACUGCUGUUGUCCUUAGGGCUUUUAGUGAUUUUAAUGGUUAACAGAGACCCAGAAGGUGAAAUAACUUUUCCACAGUCAUAGAGUUUGUGAUGGAGCUGGCGUUGGAGCUACAGCAUGGUUCCUUGGAUGCUGCAGUGGCAGACUCAACAGUCCUUUGGGGAAUUUGUGCAUAAUCUCAGUGUUCAAGGAAUCCCUCCCAGGUACAUACUCAGGAAUGACAGCUCAAGUCAGAGGCAGAGUGACCUUGGCUGUGGUGCACACCAACCUAGGAACCAGAUGAGCAGAGACAUCUGCGUCCAAACCUGGCCAUGCUCCUAUUAUUUAGAACUUGAAAAGCGAUGGGUCCCUGGAAGACUUUCAUUAACUUCUCUCUCACUAAAAUUUAUGGCUGAUAAAACUAGAGAAAUUCUUGUCAGCUUUCCCCUUUCUAGUAUCAUUGAGAUCAAGAAAGAAGCCUCUCAUUUUAUCUUCAGUUCCAUUACCAUCCUGGAGAGGGACCACAACAAGCACUGGUUCAGUUCCUUGCAGCCUAGUCGGAAUGCCGUCUUCAGCAUCAUCGAGCAUUUCUGGAGAGAGCUGCUGUUGUCCCAGUCCGGAGCUGCUGCUGAGGCGUCCUCCUCCUCCGUGACCAAGGGGAAGGAGCUGACUUGUCUGAUGGCCUGUACCCAGAAGCGUCUGGAAGACACAGCCAGAGUCCUGCACCAUCAGGGCGAGCAACUUGACAGUAUCUCCAGAGGCCUGGACAAGAUGGAAUCUGACCUGGAUGUGGCUGACAGGUUGCUGACCGAACUGGAGUCUCCUUCUUGGUGGCCCUUUAGCUCCAAGCUUCGGAAGGCGCCACCGGAAACAAAGCCCCAGUGGGACACCUCAGUGGCUAAUUCCAAAGCUUUUGGAAAAGAAGGGAUAGUGAUCCAAGUUCCUGCCGUUAUUUCCCAAAGAACAGAAUCUCAUGUUAAACCAGGAAGGCUCACUGUCCUUGUUUCUGGGUUGGAAAUCUACAACUCAGAUUCUCUGCUCAUGCACAGAUUCGAAAGGGAAGAUGUAGAUGACAUCAAGGUCCACACACCUUAUGAAAUUAGCAUCCGCCAGCGGUUCAUUGGGAAGCCAGACAUAGCUUAUCAUUUGAUAUCUGCCAAGAUGCCAGAGGUUAUCCCCAUUUUGGAAGUACAGUUCAGCAAGAAGAUUGAGUUAUUAGAAGUCGGCAUGAUGCUCAGAAGCACUGGAACCUCUUCCCUAGCAGAGAAGGGCUAUUCAGUCUGGCACGCAGCGUCUGGACUGAUGGACCAAGCCAUGCACUGUGAGUCCUCCUCAGGGAGCCAGGAAGGGAGGCCACUUCAGCUACAGACAAGCGAGCCAGUCAUUUCUGAGGAAGACACCCAGGAACUGGGACAGAUCCUGAGGAAGCUCAAAGGUCUCGCGUUAGACACCGAGACAGAGCUGGAGAGACAGGAUGAGGCCUUGGAUGGCAUCACUGCGGCUGUGGACCGGGCCACCUUAACCAUCGACAAGCAUAAUCGGCGAAUGAAGAAACUGACUUAGGAGAGCAGGAAGCACAGAGAUGACUGCUUGAUGAGAGUCACUUCUGAGUACGUUUUCUCAGAUCCUGCAUGCUUCCUUUGAGAUGAAGACCCCGGGAAGUCAUUCGAAGUGCCCUGUCCCGGGAGGUGCACAGCUGCCUCAGGAUGAAGGGCUGCCGAGAAAGCUGCUUGGGGUGAUCGUAGCUGCCACCAAGGGAUUCCCUUGUAGGGAGCCGAAAGUGCAUGGGAGGAGUUCUGCCUGCAGAUGCAGUGAGCUGCCUACCCGCACGGCCCUCUCAGGCUGCCUGGGGAGUCAGGAGCACACACACAUUUAAACACAGGCUGAGCCCUAUGAGGUGGCCACGGCAGCAAGCUGUCUUCAUUCUGAGGGUGAGCUGGACCCCGGCCUCAGGGGCCACUUUGCAUGGCCUCAGUCCGGGUCUCCAGUGCACAGCUAGCUGUAUUUUCAUCCUGUCUCUGUUCUUGAUAACCAUAAAAAGGAUGAUUUAUGUCUCUAUGAGAGAAAUCUACUCAUUUCUAACCCUCUGCCUGUUUGAGCACUGCAGGCAUAUCCUUUGUCAGGAAAAUCUCUCCUCCAGAACCACAUUCAGUCCUGAGCCUGCCUCUCCUGCAUGGCCUGCUCCGCACAGACCCCGUUGCCUUCGCGUGGUCCCGUGUUUCUCUGAUGGACAGGCAGUCUCUUUGGGUCACACUGUAAGCUCUAACAGAAGCUGAGCGUACACCGGGCACACAGUGAGGCCAUCCUGUAGACACCUGAGAUACCCCUCUACUGCUCAGUUUUCAGUCACGCGUGAAAACAGUACAGACUGCACCGAUUUUAAA